ACAGACACAAGGUGACAGAAUUUUAGUAAAUUUACGAAAAUUCAUUGUGUAAAAGCGAGAAAAUCCAAAUUAUAAGCAUGGAAGUCUUUAGUGUACCGGAGGUGGACAUGGUAAUGGUGUCCAAGAACUCGCAGAAUGAGCGGAAUGAGAUGCUGAAGUUCGUGCCCCAAAUUGGACUCAACAACAUCAACUACGGGGAUAUGUACAGGCUGGACUCGUUCUACUUGGACUGCCAGAACUACAGGGAUCAUUACCGCGACCCCUACAACAAGCUGCUCCGCCCCAAGAGGUUCAGCACCCAAAGCGUCAGGUGCGGCAUCAAGCUGGACCCACAACUGGAGCUGCUGAAGAAGCGAACGCCCUCGCACGUGGACCCCAUCCCGGUGGUGUAUCCGGUGGAGUACAGCCGCAGGAUGGACUUCGACAGGGGCUUCCAGAUGUCGGGGCGUCAUGCCAGGGCCAGUGCCUUCGGAUUCCCAGCGCCAUGUGUCCGUGUCUUAGGGCGUUAACAGAAUAUACUAUACAAUCUCUCGAUCUAAAUUGUCAGUUUGGAAAAUAAACCAAGUUUGGCGUCUGGCAAA